CGAUCGCGGCGCCCGCAGCGGCGGCUCCCGGCUGUCAGCAGCGCCCGGAGCGGCCAUGGGGCAGCGCGGCCGCCGGGGCCCCUGAGUCCCGCCGCGCCCCGGCCCCGGCGCCGCCGCCAUGGAGCUGGAGCCGCCCGCCGAGCUCCCGGAGCCCCGCGCCGCCGCCAAGGGACCGCCCCGCAACGCUGCAGAUGUGGAGCAGAUGAGUUCCUCUUCUCCUGUCCUUCCUAUGAACUCCAUGGGCAAUGAGCGGGUAGAUCAGCGAACCUGCCUGAUCUGCGGGGACAGAGCGACGGGGCUGCACUAUGGGAUCAUCUCCUGCGAGGGCUGCAAGGGGUUCUUCAAGAGGAGCAUCUGCAACAAGCGGGUUUACAGAUGCAGUCGCGACAAGAACUGCGUCAUGUCGCGCAAGCAGCGCAACAGAUGCCAGUACUGCCGGCUGCUCAAAUGCCUCCAGAUGGGGAUGAACCGGAAAGCAAUCAGAGAGGAUGGCAUGCCAGGAGGCAGGAACAAAAGCAUCGGGCCUGUCCAGAUAUCAGAGGAAGAGAUCGAGAGAAUUAUGUCUGGGCAAGAAUUCGAGGGAGAGGCAAACAUGUCAUGGAGCAACAACGGAGACAGUGACCAUAGUUCCCCUGGAAAUGGAGUUUCUGAGAGCAACCAGCCUUCACCCGUUUCUACUCCGUCUUCAAGUAGGUCCGUGGAGCUGAAUGGAUUCGCUGCACUCAGGGAUCAGUAUAUCGGGACACCGGUGUCCACGCACUAUCAGUACCUCCCGCACCUUUUUAGCUAUUCUGCUCACUCGGCUCUGAUGCCCCCCCAGACGCGCAGCCUGGACCCCCAGUCACACAGUCUCAUUAAUCAGUUGGUGUCGGCGGAGGACCUGGAGCCGCUCGGCACACCGAUGCUCAUUGAGGACGGGUAUAAAGUGACUCAGGCUGAGCUGUUUGCAUUGCUGUGUCGUCUGGCGGAUGAGUUGCUUUUUAGGCAGAUUGCUUGGAUCAAGAAGCUGCCAUUCUUCUGUGAACUCUCCAUCAAGGACUAUACCUGCCUGCUCAGCUCGACGUGGCAGGAGCUGAUCCUGCUCUCCUCACUGACGGUUUACAGCAAGCAGAUCUUCGGUGACCUUGCAGACGUCACCUCCAAGUACUCUCCCUCUGACGAUGAGCUGCACAGAUUCAGUGAAGAGGGGAUGGAGGUGAUGGAGCGGUUGAUCUACCUCUUUCGUAAAUUUAACCAGUUGAAGGUCAGCAACGAGGAGUACGCUUGUAUGAAAGCCAUUAACUUCCUAAAUCAAGACAUCAGGGGUCUGACUAACGCAUCCCAACUGGAGCAGCUGAAUAAGCGAUAUUGGUACGUCUGCCAGGACUUCACCGAGUACAAAUACCCACACCAGCCAAACCGUUUUCCGGAUCUAAUGAUGUGUUUGCCAGAGAUACGAUACAUUGCAGGAAAAAUGGUGAAUGUCCCCCUGGAGCAGCUGCCUCUCCUUUUUAAGGCCGUUCUACAUUCCUGCAAGACGAGCGUGAGCAAAGAGUGAGCCCAGCUCGCCCGGCCAGUGCCUUACGCUGCGCGUCCGGCAGGGAGCUGGCUUACCCCGGGAGAGGGGCAAACGCGAUCCAGGCAGGAGAUGGGGUGGCGGGCGUCCCUGCCAUUGUAGCAAGAAUCUUUCUUUGUUUUUGUUUUUUUACUCUUUUUCCUAUAUAUUUAUUUCACGACAGAGUUGAAUGUAUGAUCUUCAACACAAUGCACAUGGUUCUAUACGAAUGCAGCAGAUGCAUUCCUCAGCGGUUUACAGAAUGUGAAGAUGUUUAAUGUUACAGUGUUUGUUAGGGUUAGUUCUUUGUAUUUGGGGCUGGGGACCGAGAUGACUAAGACUACCUCAAGGAGAAGAUGCUGGUCGCGCACUGCUCUUUCCAUGAUUUGUAUCCAGAAGCAUUUGUCGUACAGAGCAAACGGCCUCACUGCAUCAAUGGAGCUGUUAGGAUCCCAAAUGGACGAUUUUGGAGAAGUGGGUGUUAGAGAAGUGCCAAGCUUUUUAUUUUUACAUAUAAUAGUACUUUUGGAAAGGCAGGGAGUGGAGAAGGAGGAGAGGUCUUUCUAGCCAGUUGUUUGGGUUUUUUUCCCCUGGCAGUUUUUGGCUGUGGGAGGUAGCUCCUGUGGCUUCCCUGAAUCCUGCCUCAGAGGGAUCAUGGUGCUCCCGAGGUGCGAGGGCUCGCUGCCCCUUCCCCUUCUGGGAGCUGAGCUGCUGGAGUGGGCUCUGCCCAGCCCAGCCGGAGCAGCAGGUGCCUCCAUGGCUGCACGCCUUUCUGUUCCUGUGGAACUGGGUCGCUGCAGCUCCUCGCAGGCUCCUGGUGCUCCACAAAGAUACUGUUGUUGCUAGAGGACAUGCAAGUCACUUCUCAUCACUUCCUUAACAUCCAUUUUAGGUUCCCCAAAGCAGGAAAAUCCCACGUAGAGAAGAGGCAGGAUUGCCCCUCUUAACGUGUUCCUCCAAGGUGGUGUCUGGCCACGGAGGAGCUUCUACGUUGCAGCAAUCCCGAGCUGUCCAUUUCUGAGAGCAGUUCAUGUACCCUGUGGUUAAACACAACCUCUGUAAAGGUGAUAAGGGACUCCAGUGUCCUCUGGCAUGGCUUUCUCUGCUGGACUCAGGGAAUGCAUGACCCAUAGUUGUAUCCUGCCAGGACUGUGGAAUCCCUUCUUAUCAGGAAAAAAUGAUAUUAACGCAGUACUUGUUAAACUGUUUUGUCCUAGGUAUUGCAAAGGCUCAGAUUUUCCAUCUCACAGCCUCCACACCCCACCGCUGCACGGAGAGCCGGUUUAGUGGCAGCUGGUUAGCUGUUGGAGGAAUUGCUAAGUAUUGGCAUUUAUCUAAAGUUGGGUGUUCUCACGGGUAACCUCUUGGCUUCCUGCUUGUGGUGGUGGUGGGGUGGUUGGACGAGAUGCUCCCGUUCUCAACUCCUUCACUAAGAAUUAAUUUUGAAGGACUCUCCUAGGCAGCCACUCUGCUGGCUGGAUUUCCUUCCUUGUGUCCUUAGAUAUGAAUCUGGGAUUUCUGUAGCAAGAGGGGUCAUCAACAAAGCUUUCAAUGCUGUUUUAAAAGUAGGUUGGGAAACACCUUCCUUUCCCUCAGGACAGGGGACCCUGCUGCCACCUUUCUGUCUUGUCCUGAUAAUAGCUGUGUGGCACCAAGCGAGCGCUGCUGGGAGGAGCUGAGGCUGCUGUGAGUUCAGAAUGAAUGUGAUGGUGAACAGGAGGAAAAUCUCAUUCACUCAAGUUGUCUUUCCUUUCCCUGCACCCAGCGGGUGCUCCCUCAGGUGUGGCCCAAGAGGCGCUGUGGCCGCUGGCUUGGCACAUCUCUCGGUUCGGCAGCAGCGGGGCUGUGUUCCAGCCUCUCCUCGGGUCCCACUGCUGGCUGAGCACGGACCCAUGGCAGCAUUGCUGCCUUUGCAGUCCCACUUGGGCACCUUCCAGCUCGACAGGUUUCCUUCUCUGUCAGUCCACUAACUGCUCCUCUGUCAUUGUUUAACUAGGACGUUACGGGUAGCGGCUGCUGGGCCCAGCAGCGGUUCAGCUCGAUAGAGCUUCACCAUCCAAAGGUGGUUCCGUAAAUCUCGUUUACUUUCUGAUUGUAAAAUGAGACAAGCACGUAUUUCUCAGGAAAGCCUUCUGCAUACAGCCUAUACCUCACUUGUAAAUGGGAAGAUUUUAGUGUAUCUGUGUAAGUUAGAAAGUAUUUCUCAGCUUUUAAGUUUAAUUUCCAAAUAGCUCGAUGUGAUCUUUUUAUUACGGGUUAUCUUCUGGCUUGCUGUUUUAUACACUCGAGGAACUGUUAAAAUUGCAUAGGAGUAAUUUUAUUCUACAGUUACUGAAUUAUUAUAAUCUGUUGAUGAAUAAGAGUUUGUUUUAAUUAGUGUACAUAAAAGUGGUCAUCUUAUUGCCAAAUACCCAACGGAAAUAAUCUAUUAGAUAUUCUGUGUUUAUCCAAAAUAGACUCUCAAGACUAAUGCUGUACCAGCCACAGCCACAAACCUGAAUUCAUUUAUGGUGAUGAAUGUUCUGUGUUCUGUUGUAUAAAGCAACUUUUACACCGGUGGAUUGGCAGCAGUAGCCGUUAGCAAACAACCUGUUUGCUGUAGGGAGUAGAAAAGCUUUACUAAGCUGACAAGUAAGGAAGAAGCUGACACACCGAACCAGAAUCUGGCUCACAGGACAGUCAUUCUUAAUAUCUUCUGCACCAAGUCCUCUAAUGACUUGUAUUUUUUAAACAGGGUAAAGUGAAUGUGUUGCAUUGCAAACUCAGGUAUUAUGAGAAGGUAGGAACGUAGCUAGAGAUGUAGAGACGCUAGGUCAGUCACUAGAUGUAUUUGUGAACUUGGUUUGAAGGACACCCUGGAAAGGUUGGAAUUUUUGUUCCAUUCUUCACGUAACAUUCGGUUUACAGGGACUCAUAUUUUAUUUGUGCUUAAUGUUAGUAGGGGGAAGUUCAUUAUCUUUGGUAUCUAUCUGCUCUUGCUUAUCUGACCUUCUGUCAUAGAGGAAUCAAUCAACAAUAAUAGUCUUUGGUAGAAUUUUCUGCCAUGACAAGUCAAUUUUUAUCCCCGAUUUGAAAGAUAAAUUGGCUGGCUGACCCCCUCCUCUCCCUCAUGGCAUUUGUGCAGAUGGAAAGCUGAAGAGUUACUUUUAAUCCGAGCAGAGAUUUGGAACAUAAAUUUGCAGUGCUCAGGCUCAUGUAUUCAGAGGGACUCUGCCGAGCUCUCCUGGUCGCGCUCUCGCGGCUCGAGGCUCAUCGCCCGGUGCAGAGAAUGGAGCAGAAGUUGCUGCUGGCAGCUGACGGGGCCGAGUCCCGGCUCGAGCAGUGAGAGUCCAGACCGGAACAAAAGCUUUGUGAGAGCGUCUGGUGUUUCUUCCCGUGCCCACCUUUGGGUCAGGCCUCUGAUCUGCGAGCUGAGCCUCGACUGUCUCCAUGGCGGGUCUGUGUCCUCGGCCUGCCUGGCCCCUCGAGGGGGACGGGGGGACAGAGGGACGACCGGGAUGCUCAGAGAUGCCAGAUUCCUCGAGCAGAUGGGCUCUGGGCGUGCAAAGCGGGUGCAACAGGAGCUGACUCCCCAGCCGUUUUGCCUACGCGUUAGCUGCUUUCCAAUUGUGAGUAGUGCCCGUGGUGGUCAUCUUUCUCGUGUCCUGCCUGCCAGCCCGCGGAGGCGCUGCUCGCUUUGGGUCACCGGGGUGCAGCUCUGGAUUUUCCUGUAGGUCUUAAAUCUAUAGAUUUUGCUGUCUCCCAUCAGGCAAAGACAAAAGGGGGAGCACGGCCUUUUUGGGGUAAUUGGUGCAAACUGGAUUGCCAGCUGCAGGGCGCCCUGUGCCGGUGAGCUGCUGCCCCAGCAUCCCGUUUUCCUUUCGGCAGAGCGAGCAGUGCCGGCAGGGCAAGCAGGGCUCCCGGGCACCGCAGCGAUUCAGCAGGGGGAGGCCUGGGUGCCCCCACCCUGCGGGUGCCCGUGCAAAGGCUCGAGGCUGCCCGUCCCUCCCUCUGGCACGCACAGCAGAAUCUGCCCUUGCUCUUCAGGCUUUUGCACAGAACCACAGCCGCCUCAGGUUAAGCAGUUUACGUCUUGUCCUUCAAACCAACCUUUUUUAAGAAAACUUGAAUUUCUUUUGUCUUUACUACAGUUUUUAAAGUGAAAAAGAAAAAAAAAAUCUCCUGUGAAUGUGCUAUUUACCGCUCAUUCUCUCUUCUUUCUUGGUUUUGAUUUGAAGCUAUGAAGCUUGGUGUCUGUGGAAAUGUUGUUAUUUCUGUAUUUCUCAGGAUAAUAAGCGGCAAUCAUCCCUGCCACAUAAAGGGCAGGAGAAAGGGGGAAACUUGGGGAACUAGUUUAAGUAUGAAGCUAAUUUUUAAGUUGUAGAUGAUGUGUAAAUGGAGGGUAACGCAUCAGGCGUCAGUAUCAAGCUGCGGCAUUUCUCUGGGUUCGCAGUGUGUUCUUUGCAAUACACAGAAGCUCAGGGAUAAGUAUUUAAAAUGUGACCCAGAGAAACCCUAGUUUUGAUGUUGCAACGGUUGCUUCUUUCACGACUUGUUUGGAGGACACAUUGGAAGCUGAAUAAAGCUCCAUAUGGAGAUUUUGGGGGAAAAACUUCUGGUUUGGCUUGUGGGAAAUUUGCCUGCUAAAGCGUUGGCUGGGAACAGCAUCCCUGAGAUGCUUGUUGUGGUUUGGGCUGUAGCAAGGUCACGCUGUGGGGACCUGCGGCUCGCUUUGUCCUCCCAUGAGUUGGCAACUGGGCGUCCCCUCCACCAGAGUGGUUUGCAAAUACCUUAUCCUUCUACCUUUGGUGUUAAAUGUGUUUGAGUGCUCCUGGAAGAGGAGAAGAAGGUUUCUUCUCAGGAUGUUCCUACAGCCAGUCCCACUGUUCUCUACUCUGUGUUGCUUAUGAAUGAAAGCGUUUUAAUUUCCAGUCAGUGCAAAGUUCUCAUCGUGGGCUGGUAAGGUUGUAGGCUCAUUCAGACAGCUUGAGGGGGGUGCUGAGGUGUGAAACUAGUGCAGUUCCAGCUUCGAGGAGCA